AUGGCGGAGGAAAACAAGGCCAACAAAGCUCAUGUUCUUAUCCUUCCGUAUCCAGGCCAAGGCCACAUGAACCCUAUGCUUCAGUUCGCCAAACGCUUAGUCUCCAAGGGCGUCAAAGCCACAAUGGUAACCACCAUCUUCCUCUCCAACUCCAUUCUUUCUGACCCAACCAGCUCUAUUGAUCUCCAGUCAAUCUCUGAUGGCUUCGACGAAGGUGGAUUUGCUCAGGCCGGGAGCCCUGAUGCUUACCUGUCAACUUUCCGGUCAGUAGGCUCUCAAAGUCUGGCAAGUUUAAUCAAGAAACUUGGUGAUACUGAUUUUCCACUUGAUGCCAUUAUCUAUGAUUCAUUUCUGCCUUGGGCACUUGAUGUUGCAAGGCAGUUUGGGUUACUCGGAGCAGUGUUUUUCACGCAGUCUUGUGCUGUUAACAGCAUAAAUUAUCAUGUGAGCGAGGGGCUUCUUAAGCUGCCACUUGAAGGACCUAAUGUUUCCCUUCCUGGAUUACCUCUAUAUAAAGUUUCCGAGCUGCCAUCUGUAGUGUAUCUUUAUGGAUCAUACCCGGCCUGGUUUGAUGUGAUCGUGAAUCAAUUCUCCAAUGUUGAUGCAGCUGAUUGGGUUCUGGUAAACACAUUUUACGAAUUGGAGAAAGAGGUUGUAGAUUGGAUGUCAGAAAUCUGGAAGCUAGGGACAGUAGGUCCAACCAUUCCAUCCAUGCACUUGGACAGAAGGCUAGAAGGUAACAAUGACUAUGGCAUGAAUCUCUUCAACCCAAACACUGACACUUGCAUGAAUUGGCUAAAUGGCAAGCCAAAUGGUUCAGUGGUCUAUGUCUCAUUUGGGAGCUUGGCAGAACUAGGAGUCGAAGAAAUGGCAGAGAUAGCUUGGGGUUUGAAAGUAAGCAAUUGCUACUUCUUGUGGGUAGUGAGGGAAUCAGAAGAGACCAAGCUGCCAAAUAAUUUCAAAGAGGAGACUGGGGAGAAGGGUUUGAUGGUGGCAUGGUGCCCUCAGUUGGACGUGCUGGCACAUGACUCGGUGGGAUGCUUUCUUACUCAUUGUGGCUAUAAUUCUGUUCUUGAAGCAUUGUGUUUAGGGGUUCCAAUGCUGGGAAUGCCGCAAUGGGCUGACCAAGCCACAAAUGCAAAGCACGUUGAAGAGAUUUGGGGAAUUGGAAUUAGAGCCUUCCAUGAUGAGAAAGGUAUUGUGAGAGGAGAGAUUAUACAACAGUGCAUAAAGGAACUAAUGGAAGGAGAAAGGGGCAAAGAGGUUAAGGAAAAUGCAAACAAGUGGAAGAAUUUGGCUAGAGACGCAACUGAUGAAGGUGGCAGUUCAGAUAAGAACAUUGAUGAAUUUGUGGCAAAACUACUCGAUGCCUAG